UGGUACGAGUGUUAAUACAGUUAAAAAAUGUUUUCACAAGCAUGCAGAAAAAUAAGCGUCAAAGUUUCUCCACGUAUUGAAUUUAAGCGAUGUUUGCUAAGAAGUAGCCUUUGUCAUCAGAAAAUAGACAACAAUGUGAAAACUACAGAACAUACACACCAUUACAGCAAUGCAGACCAAGUUAACAGUGAGCCGACACUGUAUGAGAAGUUCCUGCAGAAUCCCCAGUCUGUUCCUUUAAUCACUUCCAGGGAGCUGGAGUAUCCCAAUAAGUACAGAGCACCUCGUCAAGCUUGGCUAGAAACACUAAGCACGGUGGAGGAUCAUAAACUUGGCAUGGUGGAUCUCCAUCCAGAUGUAUUCGCUGUUCAUCCCAGACUGGACGUAUUAUAUCACAAUUUAAGGUGGCAGGAGUUUUAUAAGAAAAUCGAUUAUAAUUGGACGCCAGGUCGAGGUGAUUUGGAUGUGACAACUCGCAAACAGAUGCCCCAGAAAAGAACAGGAAGGGCCAGAAACCGAAAUAGGGACUGCAUAAUGUUUAGAACAGGUGCUAAACCCCUUGGACCUAAAGGACCCAAGGCUUUAUUUUAUAUGUUACCAAAGCGUUACAGAGUUCAGGGACUUUGCACAGCACUCUCAUUUAAAUAUGCACAGAAUAAUUUGCAUAUUGUAGACUCCCUGGAAAUUCCUGAAGAUGAUCCACAGUACAUUCAAGAUUUAAUUGACACAAGGUUUUGGGGAUUCUCAGCCCUGUUUGUUGAUGACACUGACUACAUGCCAGAGAACACAUCAUUGGCAUUAGCAGAAUUCCCACACUACAAUUUGUGUCCUGUAUAUGGAUUAAAUGUGCGUGAUAUGUUGAAACAUGAAACCUUAGUACUGACACUUGCUGCUGUGGAAAAGAUUGAGCAGAAAUUACUUUUUCAUUCACACAGAAACAGACGAGAUACCAAGUUUACUAUGGAUAAAAGAUAUGACCAGUACUAAAGUGAAGAUUGCAAAUAAAAUGUGUUUAUUAUUGA